ACAGCGAACUAAAAGCAUGGCUGACGAUCUCGAAGAAGACGAAUGGUGGUUACAAAAUGCAGACGAGGGACCAGAUCGGAACUCAGAAUCUGAGGAAAAUGUCCCAUCCCCUCCAGACACUGAGCCUAUCACAAAAGAGGAGCAGAUUAAAGGAAAGAAGAGAAUGGUGGAUGAGUCAGGAAGUGAUGAUGAUGAUAAUGCUGAAAAUGAAGAUAUAAAACCUAAAAAGAAAAAGAAAAAAAGGAAAAAAAAAACCAUCACAGCUGAGCUAGAUGAAAAAGGUGCAGAUCCUGCAACAAUCCAACAGUUUCUAGAUGCUCUUGAGAAGCAUUGGGCGAAGACUUUGACGGCUAUUGAAAGAGAGACUCUGGAUUUAAAAGAUGGUAAAUAUUACAGUGAGUGUAAUGACCUGACGCAUACCCCUGUAUCAUUCCUAAGGACGCUCAUGCCAAAAUGGGCAAAAAUGGUGCAGAAAUACAAUGAAAAGAAAGUCAAGGGUUCACCUAUGGUUUUGAUCAUAACAAGCGCUGGGAUAAGAGCUGCAGAUUUGAACAGACUAGUGGCUGACUUUAAAGGAGAUAAAUGCAAAGUUAUUAAAUUAUUUGCAAAACACAUCAAAGUGAAAGAACAAGUAAAACAGCUUUCUGAGCAAAUGACUCACAUAGGAGUAGGGACACCUGACAGAAUAGCCACUCUCAUAGAAAAAGAUGCUCUGAAACUUGACAACAUAAAACACAUAAUAUUGGACUGGAGUUGGCGGAAUGUAAAACAGCAAAGACUUCAUGAUCAAGCUGACAUAAUGAAGGCUACUGCACUGUUAUUUUCAAAACAUUUAGCAAAACUCGUUCUCGAAAAAACUGCAAAAAUUGGAUUAUUAUGAUGGAAUGUUAAAUAUAUAAAGCAGAACUUGAAUAUUGAUUUAUAUUAAGAAUAACGAAAUUGGAAUAUAAUAGCCAGACUCAUGACAGUAUCAUAUACAGUAUCAUAUACAGUAUCAUAUGGAGUAAUGUUUACAA